CCUCUCUAUUCAACCCAGUCUUCCCUUCCCUCAUCCCAACAAACAACCACCUCAUUCAUCCCACAAUGGCCUCCAUCCAGUCCAUUCCCACAAAGCCCUUCGAGGGUCAGCGUCCCGGCACAAGCGGCCUUCGCAAGCGCGUCAAGAUCUUCCAGCAGGAGCAUUACACCCAGAACUUUAUCCAGGCCACCCUCGACGCCAUCCCCACCGGCGCCAAGGGAGCGACCUUGGUCGUCGGUGGCGACGGACGAUACUUCUCACAGGAUGCCGUCCAGAUGAUCAUCCGCAUCGCCGCCGGUAACGAGGUGUCGAAGCUCAUCAUUGGAGUGAACACGAUCCUUUCCACUCCUGCUGCCUCAAAUCUCAUUCGCAAGCGCAAGGCUACUGGUGGAAUCCUCUUGACUGCCUCCCACAACCCUGGCGGACCCGACAAUGACUUCGGCAUCAAGUACAACAUGGGCAACGGAGGCCCUGCCCCCGAGAGCGUUACCGAGAAGAUUUACGAGAUUACUCAGAAGCUGACUACCUACAAGGAGAUUGCCCUCCCACCUGUGGACUUGUCGACCAUUGGCACCCAACAGGUUGGCAACCUGGAGGUCGAGAUCGUCGAUUCUGUGACCGAUUAUCUGGCCCUGCUCAAGGAAAUCUUUGACUUUGAUCUCAUCAAGGACUUCUUGCGCUCCAACUCGGAAUUUACGGUUCUGUUCGAUGGCAUGCACGGUGUCACUGGUCCCUAUGGUCAAGCGAUCUUCAUUAAGGAACUCGGUCUCCCUCAAAAUUCCGUCAUGAACUGCAUCCCCAAGCCCGACUUUGGUGGUGGGCAUCCCGAUCCUAACCUGACCUAUGCUCACGAACUUGUUGAGCGCGUCGAGAAGGAGAACAUUAGUUUUGGAGCUGCUUCUGAUGGUGAUGGCGACCGCAACAUGAUCAUCGGCAAGGGCGCCUUUGUUACACCCUCGGACUCGGUGGCCAUCAUCGCCGCCCAGGCCGACGCUAUCCCUUACUUUAGAAGGACUGGAGUCAAGGGACUGGCCAGGAGUAUGCCCACCAGCACGGCUCUGGAUCUGGUCGCGAAGAAGAAGGGCUACGAACACUUUGAGGUCCCUACUGGCUGGAAGUUCUUCGGCAACCUUAUGGAUGCAGGCCGCCUUUCGAUCUGCGGUGAAGAGUCCUUUGGUACUGGAUCUGACCACAUCCGCGAGAAGGAUGGUGUCUGGGCCAUUGUUGCCUGGCUUAACAUCAUUGCUGCCGUUAACCAGACCAAGAAGGCUAGCAUCAACGAUAUCCUCCUUGCUCACUACAAUGAAUACGGACGCAACUUCUUCUCCAGAUACGACUAUGAGGAGGUCGAUGCUAAUGGUGCCAACAAGAUGGUCGAUCGCCUCCGCGCGUUGGUGUCGACUGACCGUGCCGACCUGAUCGGAAAGGAUCUCGGCAACGGCUUCGUGGUUAAGGAUGGCGACGAUUUUGAGUACACGGAUCCCAUUGACGGCAGUGUCUCGAAGAAGCAGGGUGUCCGUGUUAUCUUUGAGGACGGCUCUCGUCUGAUCAUUCGCUUGUCUGGAACCGGUUCUCAUGGUGCGACUGUGCGCCUGUAUGUUGAGAAGUAUGAGUCGGACGCCAGCAAGUACCAGGACAAGACCCAGGAUGCACUCCGUCCCUUGAUCGAAGUUGCAUUGAAGCUCAGCCAGCUGACCGAGUUCACUGGCCGCAAGGAGCCCACCGUCAUCACGUAAAAAUCUGUGCCUGGAGGAGGAUUAUCGGACGGCGUUCGUAAUAAUACCAGAAGCAAAAUUGUAAAUAAAAAAAACACCAUGCGUCUUGACCUAAUGCAAUGGAUUACAGCGAACUGUACUUGGCCAGUUGCAAACAAUGAU